AUGACAUCUAUCAUCAGCACUCUGGAUGCAAUUCACCCCUCACGAUUCUCCACAGAUGCCGAGCGCUUCGAAGCCAAAGAAGCAGCGCGCCGUUUACUUACCCGCCUCGAAACACCAUUCGAGCAAGGCUGGAGAUUGUCUUUCGAGACACCCGUGCUCGUAGCUGGUGUCCAGACUAUUCUUGAUCUCGGUAUCUGGAAGAAAUGGAUGGAAGCCGACAAGAAGCAUCCGGGUGCGCCAGUGCACUUGGAUCAAUUGCUGGAGUGGGCGAAUACGAAGGCUGAGCCAAACUUAUUGCGAAGGUUUCUGAGACACAUUGCUGCUCUUUAUGUAUUGGAAGAGACGGAUGUGGACACCUGGAAGCCCACGCCCUACUCGCUUUCUCUCGGCGACACGGUAUCGCAUACCGACCAGAUCACAAAGUGCGGUAUCGACCACACCAUCCCCACUGGAUGCAACCUCCCCGGCUUUCUCAAAAAGUACAACUACCGCGAACCCAUCGACCUGACCCAACUCGACAACUACCGCGACAUGACCAACGGAACAGACUUCUUCGCCACUUGCGCAGCGGAUCCGCAGGGCAAGGGAAGUAGUUUCAUGGGUUUGAUGACCGCGUUGCGAAACCACAAGAUGGACUGGACCGACGUAUACGACACUAAGCGAAUCGUAGAUGGCGCAGAAAUCGAAACCGGGAAGCCGUUGUUCGUGGACAUUGGUGGCGCUCACGGUCUCGAUACCUCGCGCCUGCUGGACAAACAUCCUGAUCUGCCCGCUGAUGUCUUGAUCCUGCAAGAUACCCCAGAAGUCGUAGCGAUGCCAAUCGAAGACUUGGACAAGAGGAUCGCGAAGCAGGCUUACGACUUCUUCACCCCGCAGCCCCAAUUGCAUGCGCGCGCCUACUUCUUCCACGCCGUACCGCACGACUGGCCUGACGCGGACUGCGUGCGCAUGUUCUCACAAGUCGCCGCUGUGUUCAAGCGCGGAUACUCCAAGCUCCUGAUCUACGAGGUUGUGUUGCCGAAGAAGGGUGCGACAAACUUGAUGACGACGCUCGACCUGCAGCUCAUGAAUUGUACGAGUGGAAUGGAGAGAACGGAGGAGCAUUGGGAGAGGUUGUUGAAGGAAGCUGGGUUUAGCAUUGUGGAGAUAAGUCGGCAUCCCAGGGCGGUGGAGAGCGUUAUCGAAGCGGAUUUACUGUAG